AUGAAAAUUCCAAAUUACAAAAUAUACAGACAAAACGGACCACCAACUAUCAAAAACAAGCCAAGAGGCGGAGUAUUAAUAGUUGUACACAAGGACAUCCCAACAGAAGACACACCACAGCCAAUCCCCCACAACAUAGAAAUACUAACAAUCAAAACUAAAACAGCCCUCAGACUAACCAUUGGACACCAUAGACGAACUAUCAUCAAACCACCUACCAGGAGUUCUUUCGCUCAUAACCUGAAACAACACAAGAUGCCAGUACUCAUCAGCACAGACCGACUGGACCGCCUUCACAAAAAAACCUUGCCAAUUAGAAAAACUCCAAUUAGAAACCAUAACUGA